AUGUCGGGCGAGCAGGAAUUUCUCAUGCUCGGUGGUGGAAAUCCCGCGGGCGUUCCGGAGGUGCAGGCCCUGUGGCGGGAGCUGGUGGGCGACCUGCUGGAGCAGGGCGAGCGCUUCGAUGAGGUGCUGGUCAACUACGACAUGCCCAAAGGCCGGCCCGGCUUUAUCCGCGCGCUGGUCGAUUUUUUAAAUCGGCAUUACGACUGGGGCAUCACCGAAAAAAACGUGGCCAUCACCAAUGGAAGCCAGAACGCUUUUUUCUAUCUGUUCAACAUGCUGGCGGGCGAGUUUGAGGACGGGACGUUUAAAAAAAUUCUGUUGCCGCUGUGUCCGGAGUACAUCGGGUAUGCGGACCAGGGCCUCGACCGCUCGAUGUUCACCGCGCGGCGCCCGAAGAUCGAAGUCAUCGAUGCGCACACGUUUAAGUACCACAUCGACUUUGAUGCCUUGCAGAUCGAUGACGACAUCGCGGCCAUCUGUGUGUCGCGCCCGACCAAUCCGUCGGCGAACGUGCUGACCAACGAAGAGAUUGAGCGGCUGUCGGAGCUGGCCAAAGCCCGGGGGAUCCCGCUGCUGAUCGAUAACGCGUAUGGGGCGCCGUUCCCCGGUAUCAUUUUCAAGGACGUGGUGCCGUUUUUCGAUCAGCACCUGAUCGUAAGUUUGAGUUUGAGCAAGCUGGGCUUGCCAGGCACCCGCACCGGGAUCGUGAUUGCGAACGAAGCGGUGAUUGACGCGCUGUCCUCGAUCAACGCGGUGUCAGUCUGGCCAACGGCAAUCUGGGGCAGGAGCUGGUGGCGCCGUUGCUGGCUGACGACCGCAUUCUCCCCUUGUGCCGGGAUGUGA